UGGAAAACAGAUUCAGACAAGCGGGAUCAAGGCAUGUAAGAGAAGAGGAAAAUAGAACUCGCUGGUUAUGGAUUUAAAUAGACUUUUGCUCCUCGUAACAUGCCUAGUACAGACCAGACUUGCAAAGAUGAUACUGUUACGCCCUCUAUGUGAUAGUCGCGUAAUGGACCGAUAUAUCAGGGAAGCUAAAGAUCUAUUGAAGGCUUCGUGUAACCAAAGAUUUCAAUUUCCUAAUGCAAUUCCUCUUCCAAGUACUGGUCUUAAUCUGCGAGCAUGGAGGUCCAAAAGUAAACAUCUGAAAAAUGAAGAAAUCAAGGCAGGCCUAAUUAUGCUUUCUAAUGCAACACAGACAGCAAAACAUUUUAUCACAAAUAAUUCUACAGAACCUCUCUUAGAUAAGAUUUACAGGAAUACUAGAACUUUCAUCCACAUACUGCAAUUGAUGGAUGUGCCGAAUAAGUGA